AUAAAAUGUACAAUGGAAGCCUCUACAAUCUAACUAGCAUUGAGGCCCCUGGGAGUUUCCAUGGUUUGAGUUGCAGUCAUGACUGGGUUUGAACAAUGUUUUAAACCCUCUAUACCUUUCUCAGAUAUAAAUACAGCUAUAGAAAUUAUAAGUCAGUUUGCGGAUCCAAAUGCAAGCAUUAUGGAGAAUUUCGAGAUUACAAACUUCACUCUGGAUAAUUUCUUAGGAUACCAGCAACCUGAAUAUCAGGCCGGCAUGGCUCAUAGUCUUUCUGCUACUUCACACCUCAACUGCCAAAAUGAAUUGCCAAGCCUUCAUACCUCAAGUUCAACAAAUGACGUUUUCCAUGAAAGCAAGAAGAGAAAAGUACUGGAGCUAUCAACAAGCAGCUCAGAAAGCCUUCCUUCUGCAGCUUCUAGAAAUCAGUUGAAAGAUAAUUAUAGUUCUGCAAAAAAGAAUAGCAUAGGGAAAGGGAAGAAAAAGAGCGGUGAGAAUGAAGAGGAAAAACAAGAGGAAGUCAUUCAUGUUAGAGCAAAAAGAGGCCAAGCUACUGAUAGUCACAGUUUAGCAGAAAGGGUGAGAAGGCAAAAAAUCAAUUACAAGUUGAGAUGCUUGCAAGACCUAGUUCCUGGAUGCCGCAAGACAAUGGGAAUGGCAGCGAUGUUGGAUGAAAUUAUCAAUUAUGUCCAUUCACUGAAGAAUCAGGUUGAGUUUCUCUCCACGGAGCUUACAGCCGCAUGUACUCAUGACUUGAUCUGGUACACAGAAGCCGCGGAAAAAGCAAAGGGGACAAACUCACACGAGGUACACGAGAUGGAAAACUGGGAGAGGGAACAAUAUGGAGAGCAAACCCUCUUCCACUCGACAUGGCCAGUUUGACUGAAUUUUUGGCCACUACUCCCCACAGUUUCUGCAAGCACAUGUAUAUGCUCCCCCAUCCCCAUCUCCCACAGAUCGAAUCUCUUUCCAAGUACUAGGCAAACAUAUUGCCAUUGCUAUUUGCAUUACUUCACGUAUGACUAAGAACAAAACUACAAAAUUCUGUAAUCUCUCUCUCUCUCUCUCUCUCGUGAAUUUUAAGUGCUGAAUAUCUUUGACCAAUGUCCAAAAGUAAAUUGUGGUUUGUAGCAUCCUACGUAUCACUGUUGCCACAUCAGCAAGAGCAGUUAACAACGAA